GACACUUCAAUCAGUUUACUAAUUCGAUUAUUACAUUGAAAUCCAGUGAUUCGAUCGCCUCUUUCUAAGAAUUUAAAACGUAUACACGUGGACUUCCAAGGUAACGUACAGCGUUGAAACGAGAAACUACAUCGAUCAAAGGUUCACCGUGCUCGAGAAAAAAAACUGUAUUAACACAUUUAUACUCAGAAAACUCAGAAGAGUGAGGAAAUAACUGUGCACGAUUACCUCAUUUUACAAUAACGUCCUAAAAUAGUGUACAUCUUCCUCGUCGAAAAAAUAAGGACAGCUGUUACAUAUGUCUAAUGCUGAAAUCGUGUUAUCAAAUAACGUAAACGUUAAGAAAACAUUCCCUUUUUUCCCACUUACCUGUAAAUCUUCCCACGCUCUUUUUAUAUCGUGUUAGCUGUUUGCAAUGAUAUCAUUAAUUCAAAUCAACAAAUCCACGUGGAUGAAUCCACGCUAGGAUGAAUUCGUUAAUAAGUGUCCAAUUUAGAUUGCAAAUGAUGAAGUCGAACGCCAAAUGAAAUGCGUGACAGACGCGGAUGAAAAGAUCAAGGUGACGAGGGAAGAUUGCCGCGGUGAAGCGAGCGAGGUAGCUACUAGAGCGUCACACUAAUUUUCCAUCGAUCAGUCGAGUUUACGCAGUGCGAAUGAGUUGUUAGUACGUUUGCGUGCGCAUAAGGUAACGUGUAAUUCCGCAGAAACUCUCGGGGCACAGCCGUCACCGUCGUGUUGCACUAUUUUUGCAAAGUACACGAGUCAUCUCUUUCACUUAGCGCGACGCAAGUGCAUAUUAAACUCUUAAAAGUGCUAAAUAAUUAAAGGAAUUGAAAAAUAGAAUGAGAAAAAGUGUAUCAUUUUUAAAAACAUUGUUAUGUACACGCGCGAUUUAAAUAAUUUUUUAAAAACGAUUUUUCUUACGGUGUAAAGAUAAAAUAGAAUCUUUUAGAAGACGAUUAACUUUAAGAUAAACGGUUGAUGCCAAUAAAUCAUGUUCAAGUACAUCUUUUAAAAAAUCGACAAGGUGCAAAUAAUGAAUAAUGCUUUAUCAACGAAAUUUAUAGUGUCUAGAGAGAAAAAAUUUAUUACGUGGUUCAUGCACAAUAAAGUUAUGCUACGCGACGCAAAUUUCAUCAAGAAAAAUCUGUCGAAUAUCCCGAAACUCAGAGUAUCUGAACGUCAAAUAUAAUAACAAGCCAUCUAAGUACGAAAUCCUUCACAUCUUUAGCAUGGACAUUUGAGUUUAGUUAUGCAGCGUUUGUUAUGCAACUCUUCUGGAAUAUCCCUCAGGCAUCUUCCUCUAAUUGUUUGAGUUGUUGAGUCUCCAUUAGACCAAGCAGCAGCUACCCACCGCGCGAGACAGUAAUUUCUCAUCUUUCCUCUCCCCAUCUUCUGAAUAAUAAAGCGAUCAAUCGCACAAAAAUAAGAAUCGAGCGAAUGGAGAGUAAAAAAAAAGGAAGGCGAGAACCGGUGAGACUCUUGAGACUCCUGAGCCCCUUCCCACUUUGAGUACCCCCACAUGCAUAUCUCACCUCUUAAAAUAAUGCGAUUCUGGAGAACAGAGGAGUUUGACCGUAGACAUCGAAUCUUUGAUGAACCGGAAACAUUGCCCAGAUAAACGCCCAUGCGCGGCACACGCCGAGAACCAUGAAGCCAUCGACGAUCAGCAGCAGCAACAGCACCGACUCGUUGAGCGUCACCAAUCUUUCGCUUCCUUUUUUGAUUCCCUGCGAGAAUCUUACCGGCUUCAUCGACCGCGAUGUGUUCGCUGAACGAUCAACCGGAUAUGAGUGGAAUACCAACCUCACGUGUCUGGAACAUGCGCCUCAGCUGACCAGGGCGAUAUAUCUCAGAGUCAUCGUAUUGACAGUUAUGUCGGUUCUAAGCCUAGUCGGCAACUUGGCAACAAUAUACUCAAUUACGAAAAACCGUCGCAAACGAAUUGGCUGCUCGACGGUCUACACCCUGAUCCUGCACCUGUCGGUGGCCGAUCUGCUGGUCACUGUCUUCUGCCUCACCGGCGAGGCGAUCUGGAGUUACAACGUUGCGUGGUUGUGGGGCAAUGCCGCGUGCAAAUGCUUCAAGUUCCUACAAUUAUUUAGCCUAUAUCUUAGUACUUUUGUGCUUGUGCUGAUCGGCGUCGACCGAUUUAUCGCGGUGCGAUAUCCCAUGAAGGGCCUCAAUUCGUCUAAGAAGUGCUCGCGAUACGUCGCUUUCACUUGGCUGCUGGCUCUUGUGCUUGCCACUCCACAGAUUGCGGUAUUUCAUGUUGCGCAAGGUCCAUUUAUCGAGGAAUUUACGCAAUGCGUGACACACGGUGUUUACACCGAGCCCUGGCAGGAACAGCUCUACGGAGGUUUCAGCCUAUUCUUCAUGUUCAUCCUGCCAUUAGCAAUAUUAAUCACCACAUACGUAUCCACGGUGCUCACUAUCUCUCGAGGUCAGAAAACUUUCAAAACAGAACAAAUGAAGACAUAUAGAAAUAGCGACUUAAAUAGGAGAAAACUGAUGAACCGGGCGAAAACGAAAUCUCUACGCAUCAGCAUCGUCAUAGUAGCAGCAUUUCUGAUCUGGUGGACACCGUAUUACACGAUGAUGAUAAUUCUCUUGUUCAUGAAUCCGGAUGAUCGCCUCAGCGAGGAGCUACAGAGCGAAAUAUUUUUCUUCGGAAUGAGCAACAGCUUGGUAAAUCCCUUGAUAUAUGGCGCGUUUCAUCUUUGGCCAAAGAAACAACGGCAGAGGCAUGGUUCUUCUCAUAGAUCUGAGGGUUUGACAAAUCAACAAAACAACUUGAAGAGACGCGAAACGAAAAUGCCGCUCCUCUCUUAUCAGGAUAGUAGCAACAAAGUGAUUGCGGACACACAGCAACGUCAAAUGUAAUAAUUUUUUAUCAGAUAUAUAUAUUAUAUUUUACGUGAAAGCGACGCCGUGUAACAAGAAAUAAAAGCGUAAUAUAAAAAGAAGAAAUACUACGCAAAAGUAAAAGAUAAGAAAGAAAGCAUUGCUGCUUUCCUUUUCAAGUGUUGUUCUUAUUGUUAGUUAAGGAUUUUUGCAAACGAGAAUUAUUCUUUUUAUUUAUUUAAAGAAGAGAAAUUCUUAAAUAUGUAAGUAAACUUGCUUAUUCCACUAUAUAUUAGAGAAAUGUUAAUAAAAAUCUAUAAAAAUAUUACGUUAAUUUUGAAAUUAAAGUAUUAAAAAUAUUUGUACGCAUUGAUUUAAAUCUAAUUAAGGCGUGAAAACAUCGUUGCGUUUCUCAUUAAUGCAUAUAUUUUAAAAUAAAAAUUAAGAAAAUAUUUUAAAUAAUAAUAAUAAAAUUUUUUAAAUAAUAUAAAAAAA